GCUCGGCUUUUAGUGGCGUUUUAGCCAGCUUCGUUGACGGACGUGUGAAUGCAAUAAGCGACGCGACUUUCGUGGCGUUGUAACAAAAGUGUAGCGAACUACGCGAAAAUCAAUCGUACGAACGCGUUUUGUGUGGCAGUCAUCCGAAGACACUUGAGUGAGUAGCGCAUAGUGCAGUGAGUGAAAAAAACGCACGCGGAGAGUGAUUGAAGCGCAUGCGAAGCGUUUGAGCCAGUUAGGAAGUGUGAGCGUGAGUCGUCGUAACUCGAGUUGCUCAAGUUUUGAACUUUUGCUUCAGUUUACAAAGUGUCACUGCGAACGCCGCAAUAAACAAAAGUGAUCGAUUUUUACAGAAAAAGCAACAAUAACAAAAAUAACAUAACGAAUUGCAUUGCCAACACUGCGCUUACGUAAAUUCAAACUACUUGCGUGUGUUUGUGUGAGUGUGUGUGUCGGUGCGCGCGCGCAUAAGUCAAAAUCAUAAACGGAAACGCGUUAAACGCAUUGUAUGCGAAUCAGGUUGUCUAUAAAAAAGCGUUAAAUUUGCAAAAAUUACGCGAACUCGCUUUAUAGAUUUUUGCAUUUUGCUUUCUUCGCCGCGCGUCUAGCGAGCGCUAGUAAUUAAACGCCUCGCGACUGGUGUUGCAAGUUGCGUGCUGCAAGUAGUUUACGUUGCAACGUUGCUUUUGUUUUUGUUUUCACUUUUCUUGCAUUUUUUUUUUCUUGAUUAUUUUAUGACUACAAUUGGUUUCCGUUGCACUUGAAAAGCGCUUUUUAAUUGAAAUCGAAAAAUUCCCAAAAACAAAGCCAACAAACGUGGAAAAGUAUUUGUUUAUUGAAACAAAAAGCUCAAUUUGAUUGCAGAAAUUUUUUUGAAAAAAUUUUAACUCACGUUUUAACAAAAAAAAAAAAACAACAAAACACCCGGAAGCUAUAACAGUAAAAGUGUUGCAUUGCAUUUUAUAGCGAGCAAUAAGUGUCUUUAUAAUCGAAAAGUUUCAAAAUGUGGCGGAAUUGUUGGAUGCUUACAGCGUUGGCGCUUUCACUAUAUGUGGUAGUGGAGGGCUCGUGGGGUUCUCCGGGCGAUGGCCAAUAUCAUAUACAGACCGAUGAAGGACCGGAACGCUAUUUUCGAUUUCAAACGGAUAAUGGACAGUUCCGUAAGGAGAGACGUCUCCAAGAUGGUACCGUUGUGGGCACUGAAGCUUGGAUAGACGCCGCUGGAUUUUUACGACAGAAAGACUAUAUUGCCGAUAAAGACGGUUAUCGCAUAUUAAAGUCGAAGACAGUGUUUGUGGGUCAUGACAGACAUAUUGAGGAUGCCAUCAAAUCGACAAAAUCAGCGCCAGCGCAGAGUGGUGUGCUAGUUAAUGGUCGCAACGGACUGCGCGAAAACACCGCUAGUGUUAAUGCUGUGGAAACAGCGAAACAUGUAGCUGUUGCAUACACAACAACUACAACACCACUACCGCCAAUCAUAAGCGAACCCAUCGUGCCACACGAUCCAGCUUCGGAAGCGUACGAUGGCAAAUUAAAUUAUCUCUCCCCCGCAGAGGCGGCGAAUAUACAACCCACCGGCAAGCUGGGUUUCGAUCACUACCCCGAUGAACUGCCACGCCUUAUCCAGCGACAACGCGAACGCGUACAGAAACCAUUAGCAGCACCUUACGACACACCCGCCAGCAAUUCGCUCACCGAAUACAAUCAAGACGCAGCGCAGGCGCAACGUGAGGGUGUUAAUAGUGCCGCGCCACAAUUGCCCGCACUCGAUAUGCAACCACCGUUGCUGAGCAGAGGCGCCACACGCCAGCGUCUGCGUCCGAUUGCGGUCUACGACACAACACCAGCGCCGAUAUCAGCCGCUGAAGCUGCCGGUUAUUCAACACCCGCACCAUUUGCGGCCGCCUCAGCAGGUGAGAGCGCGCCGAACGCACAAGGUUAUUACUACCAACGCACGUCCACGCCAGCCGCCACGACAAAUGCCUUGGAGAUCAAUCAGCUGGAAGACGGUUUACUGCCACCAUUGCCGCCGACAACACAUCGGCGUCAACGACCGUCAGCUGCGAAUAGUUUAAGUGGACCAGCGGUGCCGUAUGACGGUGUCGGUGUGACGGCUAAUGGCUUCCGCUAUUUCCUACCGCAUCAAUACCACGAAGAGGAGCAAUUUGCGGACGAGAAACGUGCCGGUAGCUUUGGUUAUGUGGAUCCAUUCGGUAUACGCCGCGUGGUCUACUAUAAUGCAUCACCGGGACGCGGUUUCGUGCAUAGAAAUAAUAACCGUUAUGUGGGUCUGGGUGCGGCACCGUACGACGCCGUCGUCUGAUGCGGGAACUGUAGACGUAAACGAAAUAUAAACAAUGUCUGGCGUAAGCUGACCACUGAAAUAGUGCAGCUGUUGUCUGAUUCACCAAAUAUCUUAGGAACGAACCAAUCCAAAGCAGCGUGUAACUAGCCAAAGAGUGGAUAUAUUGGUGUAAUGGUUUAGCAAACCUAUAAAUAUUUAAUAGAAUUAUAAUUAUUUAAAGUCAAAACUGCCGUGAAGAAGUCAGCGUUGCAUACUCCUCAGUUUUUUUUUUUUGCCGGGCAUUGUUUGUAUUUUCAACGAGUUCACGCGUAUACAUAUAGAAAUCUAUAUUGUAUAUGUGUGAAUAUUAUUCGUAUGUGUCUGUGUUAGUUCGAUAUAUAUAUAUAUACAUAUUAUUUAAAGAGAAUUAUAAAAUAAUUAAUUUAUAUGAUUACAAUGUAUUUUGUAACGAAUCGUAAGGGGCUCUGAGCCGAGAGUACUCGUUAUUGCGAACGAACGAGCUACAGUUAGUUUAAACGAAAUCACAUUCAUGUAUUAAUCUUGCCAUAUUAACAAAAAAAGUUAUAUAUUUAAACAAGAAGCGACUAACAUAUUUAAUAAUAUUAAAAAAUAAUUAUUAAAAAAAAAUUAUUAAAAAUAAAAAUUUAAUGAAAUUGUAAUUAAUAAUAAAUUAGCUCUAGUAAUUAGUGCAAUAAAACUGCAAGCAAGUAGUUGAAAUAAUUUAUAUUAGCUUUCCCUUCGUAGCUAUAGAUUUAACAUAAUUAAUAAUUUAAUUUAAUAUUAUUUUAUUUUAUUUUAUUUUAUUUUAAUUUAUUUUAUUUUAUUUUAUUUUAUUUUAUUUUAUUUUAUUUUAUUUUAUUUUAAUUUAUUUUAUUUUAUUUUAAUUUAUUUUAUUAUAUUUAUUAUUUUAAUUUUAAUAUUUUUUAUUAUUAUUUAUUUAAUUCACACCACUUUGCGUAUUUUGUUGUAUUGUAAUUUUGUGCGUAUUAACUUGUGAACAACAACGAUAUGAAUAAUGAGUGACGAAUGUAUUUUUGUAAUUAUAAACAUAAUUUCAUUAAAUUUUAAAUAUGUACAUACUAAAAAAAUAUAUAUAUGUAUAUGUAAGCUGCGUAGGCACUUUCUCACUGCAAUUCCUGGCCAAUAGUUGUUUAUUGUAAUUUAUAUAAGCUAGCCUUUCAUUAAGCUCUGCUCUCCUAUAACUAUAUUAACUGCCUAUUAACUCACAAAUUAAAUUAAAUCAUUUAAUAAAAUAAUUUAUUACGUCAUAUGUAUGUUUGUAUGCAGUUGUGUAUAUGUAAUGAACAUCCGUUGCCGGGAAACUGUCUAUGUUAUGAGAAAAUGCUGCAAGUUCAAUAUGUAUAUGUAUGUAAAUGCUAUAAUAAAUAUUGUGUAAUUAAAAAAUUAAUAAA